AUUCUGUUCUGCCACAACUUAUGCUCAGUGGACAAUCCAGAUUUGACGCGACAGAGGCCGACGACUUAACUGAGCGUAGCCGGACUCUCGUCUUUGGAUCAUGACGACGCCCUUCUCCGACCGAGCGCCCGCCAAAAUCCAACAAGAAACUUCGCCCCCCACUCUUCAUCACAAGACGUUGUCGGCGUACUAUCCUUACAUCUACACUCUCUCCAAGUUCAUAUCUUCUCGUCUAGAAGGUUUUGAAAGUCAACCGCAGGCUUCUAAUACUACAGCGUUUAGCACAUUUCUCAAAACUACCCUUUGUGCUUUCAGGAAUGAGGACGAACUCAAUCGCGUCGAACUUGACAAGGAUAGACGUGUCAUCUUCCCCACUCAGCAGGAGGCUAUAGAUAAAGCUUUGAGCCAUGUUGCAAAGGCGAGUUCCGGCCCCGGAAAGGUCCAAAACUUGUUGCUUUUUCGCACAUCGUCGAAGUUGCACAUACAAGAUCUACCGAUCAACAUGUCUCGCCCAUCGGUCCCGAAUCAAACGAUACAAGGACCUGCUGGCGUGUUCAGAUCUUCUGAAUGGCAAAUCCUGAGGUCAAGAAUCGGAGACAAAUCCUUCAGCCAACUCCUCCUUGGUACUUCCCUUUUCAGCCCUGUCGGCAAUAACUGCUAUCUACAGCUGAGCGGUAUACCAUUAUAUGAAUUAUAUGAAGACGACCAUCGCAGAGCUUUCUCAAAGAUAGAACUCAGUAGGAAGCGGAAAAGAGGAGCUGAGAAAAAUAGGAAGGGUAAAAGAAAACGCCCAAAGAGUACGACUGUGAUUCAAGCAGAAGAGAGCUCUGAGAUUUUUGACCAGGCAAAGGCUAAAGAAAAAAAGGACGAUGGAAAUCCCAGCAACAUCAGUAUUCAGCGGCAGCGUAUGUUUUACGGGCGCCCCUACUGGCAUAAGCAAGGUGUAUUAUCUCAUGGUCUUCCGCCCUCUCAUAUCCUCAACUCUCUCAAGUGUGGUAAGAAAUCACACGAGGCACCUAGCGACUUUGACUGUUUGUCUCUUCUCGACGAUAUAUUCCCACAGCUUGUCGGUAACAACAAAGAUAUCUCCACCCUCACCACAGAGAAACUUCCAAAGCGUGCUGCGGGUAUGAUCGGGAUUGCGAGAGAGAUCAUAGUGCGGCAUAGUCGAUUGGAAUAUGAGGAUAUUAUGAAGCAGUGCCUCAAGAGGAUGGAUAGAGUGUCUUCAAAAACGCCGCCAACUUACACAGAGAAGUCAGCUUGGACGGCAACGCCAGCGCAGUCUAAUGAACAGACUUUACCAACGAGUGCGGUUAGACGGGAACGAUCUGCAAGGGUGAAUAUCGCUAUUUAUGAGGAGAAGACUCACAAUCCCUUCAUGCCUAAGACGCACCGGCAGGUAUGCUGGUUCGUCACCACUAUCGUUCGCUCUUUGUUUUCUACACAAAUCAUGGGAAGCCAACACAACCUGGAUAUUCUCCUUGCCAAUGUUCGUAGAUUUAUCACGGCUAAACAGUUCGAAACUAUAUCUCUCCAUUCCUUAAGUCAGGACCUGAGGAUCAACGACUUCCGAUGGCUCCAUGAAAAUAUCGGAUCCGGACAGAGAGUGUCUCCGGGGGAGAUGAAGAAAAGAAAAGAGUUGGUUCUCAGCUUAAUCCAUUGGAUAUUCGAAUGCUUCCUUGUACCUCUUAUCAAGAAUUCAUUCUAUGUCACUGAAACGGCGACGACCAAAUACGAGACCGUGUACUACUCUCAGAAGGACUGGAACAAGGCCGUUAGACCUCAUUACCGGAAACUCCAGGACAAUCUGUUGGAGGAGAUUGACAAGAACAAGGUUGAAGCAGCACGGCGAGGUGUUCUGGGCGUAUCGACCGCGCGUCUUAUCCCCAAACCCACUGGAUUUCGGCCCAUUGUCAACCUCGGGCGGAAAAUCGAAACGCCGGACACGACGAACUCAAAACGAAAAUCCUGGAGCGCGAACCAAAUUUUGGGGAAUGUACACAAAGUGCUCACGUCGGAGAAGGAUCGACAAAAACCCAGACUGGGAGGAGCUCUCUUCGGUACAAAUGAGAUCUUCCCACCGCUCCAGAAGCUUAAGUGUGAUUUGACCAAGAAGCAUGGGAACCUGCCCCAGUUGUACUUUAUUAAGACGGAUAUCAAGGCCGCUUUUGACUCCAUCAAGCAGGACAAGAUGCUUGAAAUGCUGGAAGAUAUGCUUCGCCAGAGCUCUGAAUAUCGCGUUAUACUAUACAGCGUUCUCCUGCCGCCGGGCCAUAAAGCUUACCAAGGCACUUCGAAACGAUUUUUCAAAUCGAGAGCAAUUCCUACAGAGGAUGUUUCACUUACGUUCGCCGAUCAUGCUAAAGAGAUUGCAGCUUCCAUGCGGAAUGCUACCAUUGUGGACAUGGUGAGGAGAUAUUCAGUGACCACUCAAGAAUGUCUUGAUCUUUUGCGUACCCAUAUCAAAGACAAUGUGUGGCAAGUCGGCAAGCAAUACUAUCGACAAAAGACAGGCAUUCCCCAAGGCUCUAAAGUCAGCACUUUGCUUUGCACAAUGUUCUACUCAUACCUGGAAAACGAACAUCUCUCUUGGACUCGACGCGAAGGCAGCCUUCUUCUCCGCUACAUCGACGACUUUCUUUUCAUCACAGAUAACUAUAACUUAGCCCGACGCUUUGUAGACGUGAUGUCUCGCGGAUUUCCUGAGUAUGGCGCGCGAAUAUCUGUAGACAAAACUCUCCUAUCGUUUGAAUACGAUACUGGUAAGCAGCUGGCUCCUGUAUGCGGUGUCAACGAACAAGGGGAUGUUGAUUUCCCUUAUUGUGGUUUUUUGAUACGGACCGGGACACUGGACAUUAUGCCGGACUAUACUAAGUUUCUAAAUUACUCGAUCAAACAAUCAUUUGCACGUCGAUCAACACGCAAACAGGGUUCAACUUUUUUGACUUGGUAUAGCCGUCAGCUGGAGAACCGUAAUCAUGUGGCUCUUCUGGAUACCGCACACAACGGACUUGGUACUGUUAUGAUGAACGUUUUCAUCAAUUUUGCUAUAACAACAAUGAAAGUACCUCACUAUUUCAAAGGAACGGACACUGGCGCCAACUUCAAUCGACUGGUAUUUGCUUCUAUGUUAUGCUCGUCAGAGUAUACCUUCUAUGCCGGACGCGCCAGAGUUCUACACCACGUCCGUACCAAAAAUAGCAAAAACCUGGAUAAGAAAGAGCAUUUUUCGUUGAAAAAAGAGGAGUUUAUAUUACUGGCCAUCACGGCAAUGUCUCAUGUCUUGAAGCGUAAAGCUUCUAGGUUCAGAGGAGUGGUCGAUUUGUUAGAGGCCGAAGGCAAAAAGCGAGUAUAUAGAGGAUUAGCGGGAAAGCUCGCCGUUGUAUGUGACAAGGGAUGGGAUGCGGUAAAGGAUGCUAAGUAUUGAACUGGACAUGUCAAUUGUACACUGCCUUAUAAUGUACUAUGCACUUCCGGUAUUAGUCAUGUAAAGC